AUGAAUCCAUCUUCAACCGAUCCAUUUUGUGACAGUUGCAAAAAAUUUAAACCUGUUAUUGAAUUCAUGGGACAUGAUGCAAAAAAUACACCUAAGAGAUUUCAAACUUGUAAUUACUGUCGUCAAAGAUUUUCUAAUAAACGGAAAAGAUCUGCAAAUACCGAUGAUACUUUUCUUGCUAAUGACUUAGAAAUUGUUGAGUUGGAUUGUUUGAGUGAAAUUGUUGUAAAGUUUUUAGAAAGCACACAAUCAGGGUUGCAUUUCCAUUACGGAAUAAGUAUUAGAGAUUAUAAUGGUUCAGAUAAAGAACUAGCAAAUGAAAUCGUCAAACUAAUUGAGAAUGCCGAUGAAUAUAAUUGA